UCUGUCUCAUGAACGGUUCUGAUCUCAAAUCACUCUGCCAUAUGAUUUCAUGCGGCCAUUCCUAGUCAUACCAUUUCUAUUAACGAAUCACAAACACAUAGAGAGACUCUCCCCUUUCAUAGAUCUAUCAACUUCCUUUGCUUCUCUUCUCUCUCUCUCUGCGCAAAACCCUCUUUCACACUUAUAUCUCAUGAUCUUUUCCUUCUCUCUUUCUCUCCAGCUCCCUGUUUGUGCGCUCGAAAAUCUGCAAGAAUCGAUUUUGUUCUGUUUGAAUUCAUAAACCCAAGAUUUAUCAUAAACCCUAUUCUCGGGGUUUUAAAAAAAAAUCAAGAAACACUGUUAGAUCUGCGGCCUCAUCAGCAUCUUCAUCACCACCAGGAUAAGCCUGCUGUUUUGAAUUUUUGAUCUCCUUGGCUGCGCGCUUUUGUGCAGCAAAUUAAAUCGAAAAUUUUGUUUUUCUUAAAUAAUGGCUAGUCCGUAUCCAGGACCUGUUAGUGCUGUUCAGGUGGGGUCGUACUUUGUAGGGCAGUACUAUCAGGUGCUUCAACAGCAUCCUGAUCUCGUUCAUCAAUUCUAUGCUGAUGCCAGCACCAUGAUUCGUGUUGAUGGGGAUUCAAGCGAGACUGCUUCGACAAUGCUGCAAAUUCAUACUCUUGUCAUGUCCUUAAAUUUUACUGCAAUUGAGAUCAAGACCAUCAAUUCUCUUGAAUCUUGGAAUGGGGGUGUUUUGGUGCUGGUAUCUGGUUCUGUUAAGAAAAAGGAAUUUAGUGGCAGGAGAAAAUUUGUGCAGACCUUUUUCUUGGCUCCCCAGGAGAAGGGGUACUUUGUUCUUAAUGAUAUGUUCCAGUUCGUUGAUGAGGAAAUUAUUUACCAGCAACAUCCACCUUCCAUCUCAUCUGAACAUUUGUACCAGCAAUAUCCUACUCCCGUAUCAUCUGAGGACGCUCAUGACGCUCAACUGAAUUCUUCUAGUCCUCCAGAGCCACCAGUUUCUGACUAUGUUUUGGAGGAAGAGGCCCGGGAGUAUGUGAACUCAGUUCACUUAGAAGAUGAUCCAGUAGACAAUUACAGUCUCCCAGAGCAACAGCAGCAACAGGACUUUGAGACUGAAGUUGUAGUUGAAGAAGCUUCUGUUGAGGAGACACCUGCUUCGUUUCAAAGUGCUGUGAAUGUUGCACAAGAACCUCCAGCUUCUUCUCUGGAGGAACCUGUAGAAGAACCUCCAAAGAAAACUUAUGCUUCUAUUUUAAGAGUUGCGAAGGGGCAGUCAUCAGUUGCUACUCAGUCAUCUGCUAACAAGAGUGUCCCACCUAUGUCAGAUUGGAAUCAUAUACCACCACCCCUUGCUCAGCAAUCAGACUCUGGGUUGUCUCAUGUGCCUGAAUCUGGAUUUGAGGCAACAGAGGAAGGUUUGGGACAAGACGAAGGGGAACCAAAAUCUGUGUAUGUGAGAAACUUGCCCUCCGAUGUUACUGCUGAAGAAGUUGAGCAGGAAUUUAAGAACUUUGGGAGAAUCAAGCCUGAUGGUGUGUUCAUCAGGAAUCGAAAGGACGUGGUUGGUGUGUGCUAUGCUUUUGUUGAGUUUGAAGACCUUGCCAGUGUUCAAAAUGCAAUAAAGGCAUCACCGAUACUGCUUGCUGGAAGGCAAGUCUACAUCGAGGAGCGAAGACCAAAUAGUGGCAUUGGUUCUCGAGGAGGAAGAAGGGGAAGAGGCAGAGGUGGUUACCAAACAGAGGCACCAAGGGGGCGAUUUGGUGCCCGUAGUUUGGGCAGGGGAAGCAAUCAAGAAAGCGGUGACUAUGCAAGAACAAGAGGCAAUGGUUUCUAUCAGCGUGGCACACGAUAAAAGAAAGGUUACUGAGGAACAAGAUGUUCUGAUGCAGGAAGCACUCAGGCCUAAAACCAGGUGUUUUUGAUCUCGAGAUCAUACAAGGUUUUGAGUUAUUAGCUCCUGGCUGAUAUUUUCUUUCAACAUGUACUAUUUGAGGUGUGUCUCAUGUGGAGUAUUUGAGAUGUGUUUUUAAAUGUUAUUGCCUCUGAUUACAUUUCUGAUCCCCUUGAAUGGUUUUAUAUGCAAUUCAAGUGGGAGAUUUUGGUUAAUUUUAAGCGUGAGGGAAUGUGUUGUGUUGGUUUUAUGGGUUAGAAAGGGCUUUUUUUGAUUUCUAAAUCUGAUUUUCUUCUA